GGAACUGGUAGGCACGUGGGAGCUGAGUCUGGAGAAGAGGGGAGGAUGGGGAAGGCCCGCAGAACUCUGAGGCCCAAAAAAGCCAAAGAGGAUAAUCUUGUAUAUGAUGAAUCCUUAUCCAAAGCAGAUAUCCCUUCCACGACGGAGCUCUCCUCAGAGUAUUAUAAUGAUGAAAUUGACGAUUACCACGAGAAAAAGUUUAAGAGUCUGAUGGAAAAGGGAGUAAAAUUUGACAGCGAUGAAGAACAAUAUGACAGCGAGGAUGAGGUUAUGCCCCUUGAUAUUCCUGAUGAGGUGGAAGAUGAUGAUGAGGCGGAGGAUGAAGAUGACCAGAUUUCGAUGGGAAGUGACCUGGAAGAUCGUGAAAAAGAUGGUUUGCCGGAUGCUUUGGCCUGGGGACAGAAGAAGAAGCUGUACUAUGACACAGACUACAAAGACUACAGCAAGAAAAAAGAGAAAAAAACCAAAGAGGAGCUAGAGGCGGAGGCUGAAGAGGAAGAGGAGGAAGCACAAAAUAUCCAGAAACGCUUGGUGAACACCCUUAGUGAGGAAGAUUAUGGCCUGGAGUUCUUAGAGGAAUUUAGUGAAAAACAAAGCGAUGAGAAGCUGUCAGAGGGGAAGAUUGUGAAGGAUUUGGAGAAAAUGUCUGAUAAGGAGAAACGUAAAUUGCUGAAGAAGGAAUCUCCAGAGCUGCUGGAACUUAUUCAGGAUCUGAAGCUGAAGUUGGCCGAGGUGAAAAAUGAAUUGGAACCAUUGUUGCAGAUGGUGAAAGAUGGGACCAUACCUGAAGGAAAGGGUAGCGCCUACCUGCAGACUAAAUUCCAGCUGUAUAUGAAUUAUUGCCCAAAUAUCAGUUAUUACCUGUUUCUGAAAGCCAAGAGACUGCCGAUCACUGGGCACCCCGUCAUCGAAAGACUGGUCACCUAUAGAAAUCUGAUAAACAAAUUGGGGGCAGUGGAUGAGCGGUUAUCUCCAGAAGUACAUCUGCUUCUAAGCGAAGAGUUCCAGAAAAAUCCCGGUGCGCUUAAGCCCCAAAAUGGUCAACCAAAAGCCUCCAAGAAAGCGGCCGUCAAGCGUCCUCUGGAGCAGCCCCAAGACUCUGACGCAGAUAUGGAUGAAGAAGAUGCUCUUAAUUAUUACAAGAUGAUGGAGAAUAAGCUACGGGAAAAAAGGAAACGUGGGGAAAAAGAGACAGUUGAUGAGGAGCCGACAGAAGAAACGGAUCCUAAUGCAAAGAGAGCUAUUACUUACCAGAUUGCUAAAAAUAAAGGACUUACACCUAAAAGAAAGAAGAUUGACCGGAACCCCAGAGUUAAACACAGAGAGAAGUUCAGGCGUGCCAAGAUCCGCAGAAAGGGCCAGGUUCGAGAGGUCCGCAAAGAGGAGGUUAGAUACUCCGGGGAGUUAUCCGGAAUCCGCGCCGGGGUUAAGAAGAGUAUCAAGCUUAAAUAAUGUGUUUGUAGAUAUUACAUUAUAUUUUCUAUUAAAACAUCUUCUAUUU